AUGUGCAUGUGUUUGGCGAGAGAGUCUCCGGCGCCGAGCUCGACUUAAAUCCGGACUCGUGACGCAUCCACAAGCCGCACAGCCAAGGCGGAGAUGGGCGGCCGCGAGAGGGCUCCCUCGGUGGAAGAAGCGGCUCGCCCUCCGCCUCGCUUGCUUCGCCCUUCUCCUCCGCCGCCGAGGUUGGGCUUCCCAGGUUAGGCGCGGGUGCCGUUUCCUGCCACUCCUCCUCCGCUGCCAGCGCCUCAGCCCGCUUGCCCGGUUUUACAGCCGGUCGGACGCGGACUUGGGGCUGCGCCAGCCGUUGCCGAGCGGCUGACUUGCCGAGCGACGGCGCGGCCGUGGCCGUCUGGACUCUCGAGCGGAUGCCUCUAAUCCUUCCGUCCCGGUCUCCGCCGUGAGUGCAAACCGACAGGCAAGAGCUGAGCUGCUUUUUCCAUCCGAGGAAAAGAGGGAUUCCUGCGUCCGAUCCUUUUUGCUCUGCACGCCUUCCCCGCGAGCGAUGCAAAUAUUUUUCCUGCGAAGACAACCAGCUACUUCAGAAGCAAAUGGCCCAGGCACAUUCUGCUCAGAUCCAGCAGGAUCUCUUGGGCUCUGAUCAAGAAAGACUCUACAGAGAAGUGAUGCAAGAAAGUUACAACACCAUCUUCAGAGCUUCUCCUCUUCAGCUUCAAAAAUCUGAACUCCUGGCACAUCUGAAACGAGGACAGGAAAGUCUUCAGAGUUCCAGCAAUGGCGCUGAUCAAAAGCUGGUUAAAGAAGCCCUGAAGAAAUGGCCAGAAGCAGGAAACUGGUGGAAUUCCUACCGGAGUCCUGUGAGCGUCCCCACUUCAGAUUCAUCGAGUUCAGCAGACGAUGACGUCGCGAGCGAGAAGGAAGAGGACGAGAGCGUUCCGUGGGAGAAUCAGCGGAUCACGAAACCUCGUGCUGCUUUGCUAGGCCAAUGGGAGACUGUCCAGCGGCAGGGGAAAGCUUGCAAGAUUCAGCACGGCCGCCUGCAGGACUCUCGCCCCAGAGUUAAUUGUGCUGAUGGGAAAAAGAAAGGCCUUGUCGCUGGCAGUAAUAGCCGGCAAGGAAUGAAUACCGAAGACAGCCAGAAUGAAUGCACCGUAUGUGGGAAAAACUUUGGCAGGAGAUCGUCCCUCCUCAGGCAUUUCAAAGUCCACAGCGGAGAUAAACCUUUUAGGUGCUCCAUCUGUGGCAAAUGCUUCCUUGCGAAAACCAGCCUGGUUUUACACAAAGAGAGCAUGCACAAGAAACGGCCCCGUUCAGGAAAGAAACGUUGGGAAUGCUGCGAGUGUGGACAGGCCUUUGCCACGAAAGCUGCUCUGACGGAGCAUCACAAGAUGCACAGCAGUGAAAAGACGCAUCCGUGCCCUGCCUGUGAGGAAAGCUUCGCAGAAACCAGGUACCUCGUGAAGCAUCUUAUGACCACUCACUCAGGGGACCAUGUCUUCAAGUGCCCUGUCUGUGGAAAAGGCUUUAUGAAGGAGAAGGACCUCGUGAAGCACCAAGCAAAGAACCACGGUGAGAGCCAUUGCUUUCCGAGUCUGGGCGGAGAAAACUGCUGCAAGGAAAAACCGUCCCCGAUCAAUCACAAGAGGCUUCAUCUGAACCCUGAAAUUCUACCUGGAGCGGCGUGCGAAGGAAAAGGUGGGGUGGGACGUUCCCUUACCUGUGGCCACUGUGGGAAGUCUUACAAGCAGGAGAAGGCUUUUCUUAAUCAUCAGAGUGUGUGCGUGAGGCAGCGGACAAACGGCGAAGGGAAAGUCCCCAAGGAAGACGGUCCGCUCACUAAAAACCAGAUUACCCACGUGGAAAUGAAAGAUAACACUUGCUUUGACUGUGGGAAGCCCGUUUGCAAAAGUUCGCUGCUGGCUUCUCAGCCCAAGGCAGACCAGGAAAAGAACCUUCAGGUGUGUCCUGAAUGUGGGGAAAGCUUUAGAGACGGACAAGAUUUUGAGAACCACCUGAGAAGCCACCAAAAGGCACCGUCUUCUCAAAGCGUCUCGGAUUGGGAGGGCCUUGGGGAAAAAACACUGCCCGUUGGCCAGCCGGAGAAGAAAAGCCGCUACCAGUGCCGAGGCUGCAGGCGAGACUACUCGACUCAUUAUAAUCUCAGAAGGCACCAGCGGAUCCACGUGGAAUGCCGGUACAGAAGGAAUGCUCACAAGGGGAAGGAUUCCGCCUACAGCUGGUUCUUCCUGGACUUUCCGAAACCCCGUAGCAGGGAACAGACCCUUCAGCACAAAUGCACCUUCUGCGGGAAAGCGUUCAAAACGAAAAGCACCCUCGGUCGACACCAUCAAAUCCACAUCAAAGGCAAGCCUUACAAAUGCACCAUCUGCGGGAAAGCGUUCGUCUACCGGUACACCCUCGCUCAUCAUCAAGAAAUCCACCUGGAAGACCAGCUCUACCAGCAUAAGUGCUCUUUCUGCACGAAAGCCUUCAGGACCCCGUCGGCCCUCCGCCGACAUCAGCAGCUGCACAAGGAAGGCAAGCCGUACAUCUGCAACAUCUGCGGGAAAGCUUUCGCGUACAGGUACAACCUCACCCACCAUCGGGAGAUACACAUAGAAGGUCAGAUUUAUAAGUGCUCUUUCUGCUGGAAAGCCUUUCGAACCAGUUACUCCCUCAGCAGGCACAAGCGCAUCCACACUGAGACCAGGUCCUAUCAAUGCCCUACUUGCAGGAAAGCCUUUGGAACGAAAUAUUCCCUUUGGAGGCAUCAGGAGAUGCACGUGAAAGAGGAUCCAGAUAGCUUGCUUGGCGGGAAUGAGACUGGGGACAACUUAGUCAAAGAUCAAGCUAGUGGUAGCGAUGACGGUGUGGACAAACAGCUUGCCAAUUCGGUUCACUCUCAGUGCCAGGAAUUCCACAAGGAACGAAAACCUCCGGAAGGCAGCUUGCUCCUCCCUGAUCAUCAAAGCACCAGUGUGGAAGAAAAUGCUAUUAAACAGCUGGAGAGUCAAACUUUCAGGAGUGUUGGAUCGGGGGUUAAAGGUCAAGACAGGCCUACAAAAGGAGAGCUCCAGCAGUGGACCAAUGGUUCUUUGUACACAGGACAGGGGACCCAAACAGAGGAAGGUCCACCAGUGUCGUCUGAAAAUGGGGACAUCUCCUUUGGCCACUUGGGAAACAGUGCCAUUAAAGAGCCAGCUGAUUGGUGUUUCCUGGGUAAAUUGCCCGGUGUUGGUCAACAAGGAAUGGUCCCACAGGAAAAGAAAUACAGUUGCCCUAAUUGUGGGAAGUCCUUUAGAGAUAAAUACUCCCUUACAAGACAUCAGAAAGUCCACUUUCCUGAGAGACCUUAUCCGUGUCCAAGGUGUGACAAAAGUUUCCGCAGCGCUAAAGACCUGGAGAAGCAUCAGGUGUCCCAUUCGGAUCAGAGGCCUCAUCAAUGUGGUGAAUGCGGGAAAUACUUGAAGACGAAAUACUCGCUCGAUAAGCAUCAGAAGACCCAUAAAGGGGAAAAGCCAUUCUGCUGCUCUUACUGUGGCCGAAGGGUGACCACAAGCACAAUUCUUCGGUACCACCAGAGAACCCACACCGGGGAGAGGCCGUAUAAAUGUGCAGUGUGCGAUAAAAGUUACAUCAGCAAAUGGUCCCUUAAAAAACAUUUGGAGUUGCAUUACAAAACGAAUCCGCCGAAGGACCUUCAGGAAGCAUCUCCGCUUGAUCAGAAAUGUUAAGGUGUCUUUGUCACUUGUGGGUGAAGAAACUGGACACCUUUCUAAUCCAUCAGGGUUGGAGGUCUUUUGGAACAGGUCUGGGUUGGAACACCCACCUUUAAAAUUCCCAGGUUCUUUCUGUACCCAGUGACCAGCUACCUCAGAAAUAGAUUUUUGAAUGUACUCUCUUUACCUUUCCAAUCUCAAAUCAUUCAGAUAACUUUGCUCCAAAAAUGAGCAUCCAUGUCAUGAAGAGCCUGCAAUAAAAGAGGCUCUCGUUUGUUUUGAAUGAGUGGACCUGACAGAACUUGGAUGCGGGGAAAAAAACGAUUUAAGAGCAUCAAUGAUCCUACGGUUUGGAGUGAUGGCAAUGAUAAGUGCCACCUGCCUUUCAUUUCUUUGUAUUUCAUUGUAUUCACAUUGUAAAAAGCAAAAUUUUGUGUUAAAAUCAUUCCUCUUCUGCAGUGUACGUAUAUAAAGGGGGGGAGGGAAAAGACACAGGACAAUUAUUUUAAGAAGUGUGGGUGAGAAGGUUAUAAUCUUGUUUUUCAUAAUGAAAAUACUACUGGUUUGUGCAGUGAAUGAAAAACGGAUGAAAUACAUCUUGUUUUUCCAAUGCACUUUUUGCCUCAUCAAGAAGACAUUCAAGGGUCAAAUAUAUUCUAAGUUUUCCAGAUGUUAGGAAUUCGCAUUUUGGGAUCUGUAGUAAAUAAUACAAAAGAGUUUUUCUGUAUGUUUUAGAACUUGUUUUAAAUUGAAAGCCAUUGUUUUGCUGUUGGUAAAAGUACCAAUUCAGAAGUUCAUUGACACCCUCUCUCUCUUGCCUCCUAGUACCACUGCCAUAUUACACUGUGUAUAGGGAAGAAGGAAUCUCAAGUUAUUGGAGCUGCAAGGAAGAGGCAGGCCUUGCCUUAAAAAGGGGAGAUCUGCUAGUAAUGCCCUCUUGGUUGCAAGUAGAAGUUUUACAGACAAACA